AUGGACUUGUUUCUGGCCGGCCGCCCAUUGUCGCCCCAUGCGGUGGGCAGAUCAGCACAAGUCGCGGCGACUUCUGCAUCUGUCGGAACUUCGCUGCUGCGCCGGCGCUCGAAGGAUUCUCAGGAAGGGCGCUGGGCCACAGGUGCCGCGCGUCUGACCGUGAGCGCCUGUGCUGCCUCAGCUUCGAUGCUGUGGCAAACAGGCCCCGUGAACGGCGCCGCCAGAAGGCAGGCACCUGAAACCCUUUCCCGGCGGAUGAAUGAAGCUGCCGAGGCCGGUGAUGUCGAGAAGACCGAGCUACUGUUCCAGCAGCUGCGGAUGAAUCAAAGCUUCUUCAACAAGCGCCCAAGAAUGUUCUACAACACGGUCAUCAAGGCCUGCGCCAAUGCUGGAUUGACCGAGCGCGCCGAGUAUUGGAGCGAGAGGCUCCGGGCGGCCAAGCUGGAGAUGAACACCAAGGGCCUGGGAAAGCUCAUUGAAGCCUGCGCCCGAUCUGGCGACCUGAAGUCUGCAGAGCGCCUCCUGGACCAAGCUGCGAUUGAAGGCGUCCAGGCCAGCAACGUGACGCUGAUGAUGAUGCUGGGCUUAGUAGCAAAAUCCGGCGAAGCCCGCAAACUCCAAAGGUGGCAGAAGGUGCUCUCGCGAAAGGCGGCCGAGGAAGGCGAUGACAACAUGCUCUCCGCCGUCUAUGCGACGUGCGGAGAAACGGACAAAGCUGCAGAGCUCCUGGAAGACGCCCUGGCACGCGGAGAUCGCCCGGAUAGUAUGAUCUUCAACAAUGUGAUCAUGGCCUUCGCCAGAGAGGGGCGUCUGGAAGAGGCGAUGGCCUGGCUCCAGCGGAUGCCCGCAGCCUCGGUAGAGCCGGAUCGCUUGUCCUUCGAGGCUCUGGCGACGGCUCAUGCCCGGCUAGGAGACAUCGAUGCUGCAGGAGGCUGUCUGGAAGAGCGGCUCGGAUCUUUAGGGGGAUGGUAUAGACCAUACGGCUACCGCUAUCACUGGUCUUGGGGUUCAAAGGCCGAGUGGAGUACAGACGGUGGAGAUUUCUCCAGCGGAUCACCCGGCGAGGGUGAUGAUGAUCAGGGCUCAGGUGGGCGCCAAGAUGAGCAUCCAUCGCAUGAGCUCCGCAGUUCCGAGGGCGAGAAUACGAGUUACAAUCGGAGGGCUUCUUGGAAUUCUUCCGGGAAGUGGGCUGGAGACUCACCGACAGGGAUCUCUAAUUCACAUGAUGAUGGGAACCUGGGGUCCGAGGCCACAGCUACGAAGGGCUCUUUCAACGAGAGGAUGGCAGUUCCGGGAUUCGAUGCUCAGAGUUCUGGGGAGGAGCUUGGCAUGAGCGCUAGGUCUUAUCUUCGCCAGGUGGACGCAUGGUGCAAGGUGGCAAAGGCAUGGGCCUAUCUCAACGCGCUUAGCCUGAGCAGUUCAGAGGAAUUGGCUUUGCUGGCUUCGGUAGGGAAUGAGUACAAUGUGACAAAGUUGCAGCGCGCAGCAGUGUUGCAUGAGAAGUCCCUACGCCCUCCUUGGCAACCCCGGAAAGGACCUUAUCAGGACAUUGGCGGUAAAGGGCAGAAGGGGGUCAAGGCUUCCUAUAUGACUGGGGUCGAUGAGGUUGAUGAGGAUGAAGAGGUUUACCAGGGGGCAGAUGACGAGGUGCUUGCAGAGGAAGAAGCCGUUGCGAUGCACGAGGCGUAUGUAGCUCAGGAGACCGCAAAAGCCAGAUAUCGUGAGGUCUCCAAAGCACGGGGUGUGGAUCCUAGUGUGCUGCGGAAGGGUGUCACUGAGAAUCCGGGGAAAUCCAACAUCGAGGAGCGCCUUGCACAGGCAAAAGCACGAUCGUUCUGCGCCGGGUGCGGCAGGCGAGGACACUGGCACAAGGACAGCACGUGUCCUCUCAACAAACCGGAGAACCAGCAGCUCGGCAACAAAGGGAAUGUCCCUAAGUCCGGCCGGGAUCAACAGGCCCAUGUGACAUCCUCCAGCGGUGAUGGGAGCGGAUCGGUUGUUCAGGUUGCUUACGAGGUCGGGUACCCGAGUGGCAACAAACUGUAUGCAAUCACGGACACCGCUUGCAGUAAGUCGGUUAUGGGUCAAGGAUGGCUUGAAUCCUACUUGAAACUGGCGAGGAACCCGGGCCUGGAAACCCAGUUUGUGAACGCCUCGGACGAUUUCAGGUUUGGUGCUUCGAAACUCUUCCGAGCUACUUACACAGCAACCAUCUUGAUCGAGGUUGGCGGUAAACCGUUUGCGGUCAGGGCUUCGGUGGUCGAGGGUGAGGUUCCGCUCCUUCUCAGUCGGAAGGUCCUGAGUGUUUUGGGCAUGGUGUACGAUGUCGAUGAGAACACGGCACGGUUCAAGCACCUGGGAGUCGACAACAUCAUGCUUUCGACCACUGACAAUGGCCACCCCGCCUUGAUCGUGAAUCCGAGGGUAGGUCAUAAUCCCAAGUUGCCGUCACCCCAAGAGUGGGCUGAUGAUGAGGUGACCGCUGGCGAGUGUGACUCCAAGACUAUUUUACCCCAAGAAGAUCAACCCGACUAUCCGGACUUCUGGAUUGAGACACCAAGUGCCUUUGUGAGUGCACCUCGGCAAUUUCAUGUGGGAGUUCGCAUGCGUUACAUCAAGUGCAUGACGCAUGGAGAGGGGAAACGAGUUCACAACAUCCAGUUCUAUGGGUCGGCAGGACUGUUUUCUCCCGAGCCUCCUGUAGCACUCCUUUUGAAGAUUCCCUCUCGAAUCCUGCGGUUGCUCCUCCCGAAGAUGGCCUCCUCAUCCGAGACAACGGGGAAUGUGUGGCACAUGACGAAGGCGCAGCUCAUCUCGAAGGCGAUGGGCAUGGGGAUCACGAUCCACCAAUCUUGGAGUGUGGGCGAAAUUCGCCAGCUUAUCCAGGAGAAGAAGAAGGCCAUGGGCGAGAUCUCAGAGAUCCCGAAAGGGUUGGCAUCCAUGAACAAAGCCCAACUCCUAGAGCAGUGCCGGUUGUUGGAAAUCGAGGUGCCCGAGAAGGCGACGAAUGGCCACUUGACCCUCCUCAUCCGGGACUGUUGCACCAGGAACAAAGGGGACGCGGUAGUGAGUUUCGGGCGGCACCGCGGCAAGUUGUUCCGGGAAGUACCCCAGAGUUAUCUUCGCUGGGCUUUGGCAGAGGUAAAGGAGCGGGGCCCGGAAGGGUCCAGCCCGGACUUAGUGAGCCUGAGCAGGUUCGCGGCGCAAAUCCUCCAGGAGAUUCCCGAGGUGAACAACAAGGAUCCGGAAACGAACUCCAUGGUGCCAGUGCCGCAGGACUUGGAGUCGGUGGUGAGCUGGGGAUCCGAGGGGUGGAGCGAGUUGUCUCCCGAGGCCCGGAAGCUCAACGGCCAGGCGAACUCAAGGCAGGUGUCCAUGGCUGCGCCGAAGAGCGCUACGCGGUCUCCAUCGGUGAAGCGAACCACGGAUCAUCAGGGCGAGCCCGGGAAGGCGAUGAUGAAUCAAGAUGUGCCUCCGGAGGUGAAAAAGGAGAUCGACGAGCUGAUGGCAAAGGUGGCAUCGCUAAAGGAUGAAGACCUUCAGAGCGAACCGGAUUUCGAGGUUGAGACCCAGGAGAUCCAUGUCCUCCCCGGGGUACGUGAUGUGGAGAUUGCGUCAGGGGAACACUGCCAGGCUAGUAGAAAGCGCAAGAUCAUGGAUGGCACGUGCAGUGUGGCCUUCGGGGCCUACUCCCAUGGGAACCACUAUGGGGUGAUCCGGCGCACGUAUCAGCAUUGGUACGUGACGAAGUAUGUGAAUGCCUUCAUGCGUUUCCAUGGUGCCAAGGGUCAGUGGAGUAGUGUGCAGUUGUGUUUCAAUUGUCAUGUCGGUCCUCACAAAGAUGUUCACAACCUCGGGGACAAUUGGACUAUUUCCUUUGGGGACUUUGAGGGCGGACGUCUUUGGCUAGAACACAACGACCCAACCAAGGUUCCAGACGCCAUUGAGUCCCGCGAGGCGAUCCUUGCCGACGGCUCCAAGGCGAUCGGAUGCUUGGUGGAUACAAGACAUAACAUGUACAAGUUCUGUCCCAAGCGAAAACAUGCCGUAGAACAAGGUGCAUGUGCUUGGGAGAAAGAGCAUGAGACGAGGCCGAAGAAGAGCAUUAGGAAGAACCUUUGGAAGGGAGCUCGAAGGGCAAGUUCGCUCCUCACUCUCAGUCUCGCAGCGGCAUCGUCGUUCAUCUCAGAAAAUAUACCCUUCGGAAAACCACCACAUCAGGCAUGCCUCUUCGAGAUCGGCGGCAAUGAGUUGACGCUGGACAUGAUCGAGGCGGGUUUUCAGGCCAUCGAACCUCUCAGUUGGGGCGACUAUGUUGAUACUAACCAUGCUCUGAAAGUGACUGACGUGAUCAACAAUCUUAAGCCCAAUGUCGUUUGGUUUCAAGGUUGUGAUGAGAGCAACAAUUUCAUUGAGCAGAUCGUGGCCACUGCCGGACAGCAGCUAGAACAUGGAGGUUCUGUUGUAUAUCAUGCCGACAAGAACGAUCAUGUCUGGGAGAAUAGGAUCAUGAAAUGCUUCAUGAAUGAGAACACUCAUCUUCUAGAAGACCAAGGUGAAGCGUUCGCCGGUGCUGACGAUGAGGUGAUCAAGGCCUGCAAAGGGAUGCGAUGCGAAGUUUGCGAUCGAAACCAGAGGACCGGGAGCGCUAGACCGGGGGUGCUACCUUCACUUCUAGACAUGAACCAAGUGGUCAGUGUCGAUGUCUUUUCGGUCUUCGACUCGGAUCGUGUGCAGCAUGAGUUUCUUUCAAUCAUUGACCACGCCACUACAUUUCACUUGGUGUGCGAGCUUGAGGGUCACUCCGGCGAGGAUUUCUGUAGGCAGUUCACCCAACUCUGGGGAAACGUUUUCGGGGCUCCUGGGACAAUUUCAGCGGACUUAGAGAGCGGGCUCCAGCUUGGAGUUUCCAAGUACGCGGAGUUCCACGGGGUCAUUGAUGAGAAGUCCAUCACGAGUGACGACAUGUACAUGGCGGUCCAGGCGGUGAACAGCGCUAAGAAUGAACUUCGACGUAGACAUGGUUUCUCCCCUACACAAGCCGUAUUCGGUAAAGAUCCCAGAGCACCCGAAGAACUAGAGUCCGGAGUUGACGAGGAGAGAUUCAUCGAGAUCAUGUCCGGUGACCAACGACGACAACGUGAAGUUAGCAUCAGAGCCUCGGCACGCAUGGCAUUCUUCAGGACUCAGAUCGACUCGAAAUUUCGCAGAGGGAUGAUCCAGAGAGCGCGUGUCAAGAGAGGCGGUUAUGCGGUCGGAGAGCUUGUAUGUUUCUAUAGGAUCGAGAAGAUUGCUACAAAACGUGGACAAUGGCGGGGACCGGGCACCAUCAUUGGCCACGAAGGCGGCAAUUGGUGGGUGUCAUUCGGGGGACGUUGUCACUUGGUUGCCGAAGAACACUUGAGGCCGGCUACCUCUGAAGAGCUCGGAGAGCUCUUCUCCACCAGGAUUGUGAGGGACGAUUUGGAGAAACUCCUCGAGUUGGAUCCUUAUGACCCCGACACAUACCAACCCCCUGAUGAAGAGAUCCCAGAGUUUGAAGAUCCGUUCCAGGAGUUCCCAAACAACGACCUCGAGGACAUGGACUACGAGCCCAGUCUCCCCGAGGAAGAUGGACAGGACAUGGUUGUAGAUGACGAUGUUCGGGGUGCUAAGCGUGAUGGUGAUCCUUCUGAUGUGCCUCCUGUUGUCUCUAGACGGGUUCGAAGAAAGGGCCAGGGAGUUCGUGUUCAUUCAGCCAACAUGUUGAAGCGGUGCCAAACGGAGCGAGCCCUCGAAAAGCAGCUCGAAAAGGAGAUACCUUGGAAGUUGGUGCCUCCUGAAGAACAUGCUGCAUUUCGUGCCGCGGAACUAAAACAGAUGAAAGAGCACUAUGAACAUGAUGCACUGGAACCUCUUUCGGUCGAAGAAUCCGCCGAGGUGAACGAUCGUGUACACAGCAGCAGGAUCCUCUCUUCGAGAUUCGCAUAUCGAGAUAAACAUUGGAGUCGUCGGAAGAUCGAUGCGAGUGUUCCUUGGAAACACAAAGCACGCUUAGUAGUCUCAGGACACAGAGACCCAGACAUCCAACACCUUGAGACGGAUGCUCCCACCAUCGGGCGCCUCACAGUUCUCACUUUGCUGCAGAUAGUAGCCAGUCGUCGUUCGAAGUUAGGAUGGAUGGCAUCAGCUGGAGAUAUCACAGCGGCAUUCUUGAACGGAGACCCGUUGGAGAGGGAACUGUAUCUUCGUCAGCCUAGAGGUGGUGUGGAAGGUCUUCUACCAGAACAGCUUUUCAGGGUGAAGAAAGGGAUAUUCGGGCUACCCGACUCGCCUAGGAAGUGGUGGCGAAGAUUGAGGCGAGAUAUGCUGAGCAUCAAGAUCGAUUUCCAAGGACUGACUCUUCGGUUCACACAAUGCCCCUUGGAUCCAUGUCUAUUUCAGCUGUGCGAUCCCGAAUCUGGCAAACCACUCGCUUAUGUCGGGGUUCAUGUCGAUGAUCUCUUAACGGUAGGCCCUAGAGACCUUGUGGGCUGUAUCAAGAGCUCGCUGUCUGCAGUAUUUCCAGUGGACGACUGGGAAGACGACAUGUUUGAGUACAUCGGAUCUCACGUCAAGGUCAGCGAAGAGGGCGUCUUUGUGGGUCAAGAGUCUUAUGCUAGUUCCAGGUUAUUCGAAGUUGAGGUACAGAAGGGUCAAGAUGAACUGGAACAAGCAACAGAGGCGCAAAGGGUCGACAACCAAUCCCUUAUUGGUGCCUUGUCCUGGUUGAGUGCACAAUCGAGACCAGAUCUUCAGUGCAGUGUGUCACUUGCGCAACAACUCCAGAAAACCCCGACGGUUGAGGAUAUUAAGUUCACCAAUAAGAUCGCAAAAAGAGCUUGGGAGCACAGGGAUAAGGGCAUCUGGCUUCGUCCACUCGACUUGUCAUCCUUGGAAUACUUAGUCUAUCACGACUCUGCCUGGGCUAAUGCACUGUUGGAAGGGGAAGAGCACUUUAUUCUGAGUCCCGAAGAUCAUGAAAAGGGGACUAUGAAGGAAGGCCCCUUCGACAGGAAGGCACGAAAAGCCAAGAAGGAGAAUUCCAAGGUUGCUAGCCAAAUGGGCAUCCUCACUGCCCUCGCUGAUGCGAACGGCUUCAGAAGUGGAGGCGGCGAGGCUAGCAUCAUCGAUUGGAAAUCUACGGCCAAUCCUAGGGUAUGUCGAUCAACCUUCACGGCCGAGACCACUGCCUGUUCCGAAGCCGUGGAGAUGGGCCAGUAUGUCCGCUCAUUCGUGGAAUCAGUGCUACACGGAAGCCUGAAAAAGAUUAACGAUGUUGCGGGAUCCAAGCUCAGAUGCCUGACAGAUUGCAAAUCCCUCUAUGAUCAUCUUCACCGUGAAGGAGUACCGCGGGUUCCGUCAGACAAACGCCUGGCUAUAGACCUAGCUGCUCUUAGACAAACAUUCGACCUGGAGCGCGUCCGGGAUAGAAUUCCUCUUUAUUGGGUGCCAACCGAGUUCCAGCUCGCCGAUAUCUUGACUAAGCCGAAAAGUCCGGAUGGCUGGUGGGACACAAUUUGCAGUUGCAUCCGAUUACCCUUCGCCAAGAGAGUAGGCGAAACUUCCGAAUAG